AUGAGCCGACCACCUCAUUGCGUUUCAGGAGACGCCAAUGGCGGCUACUCAAUGUCGUGUGCUGGCGUUGCCUCGAAAUCAAGCAGCUUCACGCCUGCAUUUCUUCCUAACACUGGCGGUAACUAUUUGCACCGCAGCUUUAAUUCGGGCGAAUCAACGAUGAACGACAUGGCGCGCACCAACGCGCUGGCCGAUUGCAACACGAUCGUGGACAUGAGCCUGCGACUUGGGCGCUUCAUUAUGUGCGUGGUAGCGGCUCUGAUCUUCGCGUUUGGAUUCGCGUUACUUACGAGCAACAAGAAGACACUUACAUACGUGUAUGAAAACAAAUUGGCAGCCAAUGAAACGCUGUCAGCCAAGGCGUCAUCCGUUGUGGAGGACUACAAUACACUCUUUGGUUAUAUUGUGUUUGGGGGUGGAAAGGUUUUUGAGGUCUUUUGCGAGACGCUCAUUUUCCCUACCCUGGCCACAUAUUUGCACAAUUGCAGCUUGUAUCCAGGAGACCAACCGGCGCGGAUGCACUCGGUCGCCAAAACGCGCUGCAUUUUUUGGGGUCUCAAGACGGUUAUUAUCCUCAUGAACGUCGGUUUUACGAGUCUUUACGUGGGUCAAACCACGCUGGAUCCCAGUGCUACAACGCGACGUCUCACUGCAUCAGACGAAUUGACGGAAAUGUUGAAUCAGAUGGAGACUCCGUGGGCUAUGGAUUCGGACGCAGACUUGCUGCACUCAAUCCUGCGGACGUCGUUAACAGGUUUUACUACGCCAUUUAAUUUUGAAAAUACCUGCGAAUCUGUGGAGCAAGGGAACAAAAGUGCAGAGCAACAGUGGGGAGUGUGGCCGGAUGACGUGGACACCACGUCCGUAAGCUUUAGCUUUCCAUCGCACGCGUGGAACAGUGCUCUAUUGAAAUCGGAUAUAACCGUGCCAACGAAGACUGCCGAAAUGCUGAUGCGGGACAAUUUGGAUAAUCGUAAAAAGAACGGGAUCACUGACGAUUGGGAUCCUGUGGAGCUGUACUCGAUCUUUCAGCAGAGCAUUGCAAAUUUGGGUUUGGCAGGUGUUUUAGUUGAUGCAGCAACUCCUCUGUCACUUGAAGAUUUGAUCCGAGCAGUUGCGGGCGACCUUAAGGUAAUAUUAUCUACCAGAGCUCGAUUGAGCGAUCUGAUUUUGCGUUUGCAGCAUCGUAAAGUUGCGGAAGAUGUGGAGUUUAUUACUUUGGCAAUUUCGAUUCCCUUUGAGGCGGACAAUACGGGAACUACUUUAUGUGGAGCAUCUGGCUGUGUGUAUGCCACGCGUGCGAGCGUCCUGGAGGAGUUUCAUAUGCAUCCACACGUGUCAAUUGCGUCGAAUAAGAAAGACGUGAACUCCGCCUUGGUCUAUAGCGCUACAAGCCAGUACGUGCUGGAUUUGGGAGCAGCUGAACAAGCUCCACAUGAAGUGUUGACACUUUCAUUGAGUAAACUGACGUGGAAGCUAACUCCUCUCCACCUUCGUUACGAUGCUGCGUGUGCGGCUGACGACGAGUAUCACUGCCUCGGUCUGAGUCUGCCGCUUGCAACAGAUGAAGGUGCGCUGCUUGUCGGUAAGGAAGCGUUGUCCACGCAGCACACUGUACAUCCUGUCGCACUUGUGACGUUGCAUCCAGCCAUGAUCACUGACACGAGUCGCUCCGACAACGACGCACUUACGUCAUGGCACCGAAUGGUAUCAUCCAAUGGAAAGCUUAUGCACCCCAGCUCGUUUGAAUGCAAUUCUCUAGUGGAUGCAUAUCUGAUGCAUCUCGAAAGCAAUAACUUCUACCUCGACGGUCAAAGAACGCAAGAUAUACUCUCUGCAGCGCUGUUUUAUUUGCUGCAGCGUGGAGUUCCGACCUUGUAUGCAGAUGUCAUGUCGAGGAGGCGUCUCGUGUUAUCUGCUGUAAUGGUAUCAAAUGGAUCUGGCCCUGGCAAUGACACUGCUACUGCUGAUACGAUAGACAUUGAAGUUAACGUCCCGACUGCGACCGCGUAUGUGACAGUGGCAGGAUGCAUUUUUAUCGUCCUGUUGUCGAUGUGUGUGAUAUAUUUGCCAACGUCUCGAGUUAGGCUGUCACCGGAUACGACUCCAGCGGCACAGUACGUGCAAAUUCUAACGGACGACCUGUAUCCGGAUUUGGUGCACAAGAAGCGGUUGCGUUUUGCUAAUGGAGAUUGUCUUCUUUUUAACGAGUACGUCGUCGACUCUAUCGUUCUGCACGCCAAGCGCGACCAGUCUAAGACGAUUUAUCUGUAA